CCUCUGCGUGGCCCUGCGGCGCCGGAGGAAGGGUCCCUGCUGGGAAGCGCCCCGCGCAGCCUGUCCGCCUGUGAGGACGCCGCUCCCAGAUCCCUGCCUGGCCCGGGCCCAGCCUGCCCCCCAGUCCGCGUCCCGUCCGCCCCGCCUCCUCCGGCUCCUUCCUCCGCCCCCUCGGGAGGCGCCGGCAGUGCCAGCACCUCCGCCGCCGGACGGGACUGCAAGGGGAGCUGAAGAGUCCCAAGCCCCGGGCACUGAAGCCCUUUAACCCGCCACCCUCGGCCAGGCUCGCCCCCGUUGCGUUGUCCCUGCAGGAGCUGGGGCCGCCGCCAUGGUGAAAGUCUCGUUUAACUCCGCCUUGGCGCAGAAGGAGGCAAGCAAGAAGGACGAGGAGAACAGCCAGGUGCUCAUCCUGGGCCCGGACGCCAAGGAUCCUGAAGCCGCGGUGCCCGUUGGACAGAGGAGAGCUUGGUGUUGGUGUAUGUGCUUUGGAGUGGCUUUUAUGCUUGCAGGUGUGAUACUUGGGGGUGCCUAUCUGUACAAAUAUUUUGCAUUCCAGCAAGAUGGUGUGUACUUCUGUGGAAUAAAAUAUAUUGAGGAUGAUUUAACGCUGACUGAGCCUAAUGCAGAUGCUCCGGCACCUCACUACCAGACAAUUGAGCAAAACAUUCAGAUCCUUGAGGAAGAGGAUGUUGAAUUCAUCAGUGUACCCGUCCCAGAAUUUGCUGACAGUGAUCCAGCAGAUAUUGUUCAUGAUUUCCACCGGAGACUCACAGCCUACCUUGACCUUAGCUUGGAUAAGUGCUAUGUGAUUCCUCUGAACACUUCAGUUGUUAUGCCACCCAAAAAUUUCUUGGAGUUGCUGAUCAACAUAAAGGCUGGAACAUACUUGCCUCAGUCCUAUCUGAUUCAUGAACAGAUGAUUGUUACUGAUCGCAUUGAAAAUGUGGAUCAGCUGGGGUUCUUUAUUUAUCGCCUGUGCCGUGGCAAGGAAACCUAUAAACUUCAGCGCAAAGAAACUAUGAAAGGAAUUCAGAAACGUGAAGCCAACAAUUGCCGAAAGAUCCGACAUUUUGAGAAUAGGUUUGCUAUGGAGACGCUCAUUUGUGAACAGUAAUGAAGACUAUUACUGUAACUGAAGACUGAAAGAUUACAGUAUGAUUCCCCAUUUGUAUUGUGUGCAGUGAUUUAUUUUAAAAAAAUCUUUUACGUAAGUAGUAGGCAAGGCUUUAUUGUUGAACAUCUUCAACACUUUUCAUCUCAUGAUAAAUUUUAAAUCAGUAAUAUGUUUUAGGGGUUUUUUCUUAUUUUCAAGUGUGGUGCCCUUUUAUAUUUUAAUAGCAAUUGUAUAAAGUCUUAGUUACUAGUGCAUUUUAUGUGAUGCAUCUUGAAUACUAGGAAGAAAAUAAAGUCUCUGAAAUAUCUGCCAGUUUUGUCUAAGUAAAAGAAUUAUUAACUUGGAGAAAAAUAUAUACAAAUGGACUGAAAGAACUACUUCUAACUGUAAUAUUCUUAGCUAUAUAAUUUGUUACAGCAUAUAGACCAGGGCCACCAACUGGAGGGGAAGAUAACAGGGCCAGUCAUCCUUGGGCCUGGGAAUUUAAAAGGGCCUGAGGCUCUGGUCAUCACUGCCACUAUGGAGUCAGUAGCAGUGGCUGGAACUCUAGGCCCUUUCAUUCACUGCCAGAGCUCUGUUCAGUGCUGUCCGGGCAUUGCUGAGGGCUGGGUGGAGGAAGUACAGCAUGCUCUUGGCAGUCUGACAGCUGUCUGCUCUAGUCUGGCCUCUUCCUGGGGGCCUGGAGCCAAGCCCCUCUCUCCACCCCCCAUUGCUCAGGGCCUGAUGACAGCUCUUACCAGCCCUGAUCUAGACAAACAUGUAUUUGAAUUUUCCCUCACUAAAAUGUGCGAUUUUUUUUUAAUUGUUGUAUUUACCUUUUCAGAUUAUGAUGUUUUAAUAUGGCAAAUAUCUGCUGUAACGAUCUUUUAGAAAAUGUAAGGAAAUUAAGCAGUAACUUAUGUUACUAACUUGUAUAUAAUUCAUGUAUGUGCAAUGGAAAAUAAAUCUUACAAACCUGUUUGUCUAAAA